CGCGCCUCACGUGCGCGAUGAUGGAUGAUGAAGGGACAGUGGUUUAUUUCAGGACCUCUCCAGCCCUUGAGCAACAAUUCUCAAAUGACUUUGCCUUCAAUGAAGACAAUGGCAGCCCGGAGAGCAACGAGAAUGACAAUUCUCUCUCCCCUGCACCUCCAGAGGGAAUUGGAGGGGUUUGGCAGAGGUCGAUGUUCUACUUCUCUGAUGUGGUCACUCGUUACUUGAAGAUCACUCCGGACUUCAGUCGUCAGGACGACGAGUGUUGCCGUGACAUUUCCAUUGUGAUAAGGGACUCCCCCCUUCUCACGGAAGAGGAUUACCAACUACUGUACUUUGCACUCCUGAAACCCCGCCCCCAAAGGAUACUGUUCCAAGAAGAAUCUCUCGGCAUAAUUUCAACCUCUGGCAAAGGGUAUGAGCAAAUUUAAUGAGAACUGUAAUAUUUUUGUACCGGUGUGUAGGGCAGUGUUUGCAUCAGUGCUGGCUGUUUGUUGGGUCACCCAACUAUCGCUCCCAGUGUCCCUGCUGUUGAUGGUGCUGCUUGUCCUGCUGGGCUGUGCAAGACCUGUCGUCACUAGCGCAGUUUCAACUAGCCACGAGAGAAGUCUCCGGAAGGCCAGACAGACGGUGUCUGACUACUGUAGGGAGGUGGAGUCUCUCCUCUCCCUCCUCUCUCUCUGUCUCAGAACUGUUCACGAGGCAGAGAUGGCCACCAGACAGUUUACCAGGCCACUGGUGGCCAGGAAUGUUCCAGUUGAAGAUGGCUACCAGUGUCUGGGUCUGCGGUACUGUCUCUUCUCAGUGUGUCAGAGUGUUGUGGAGGGGCUGAGAAAUGCCACCCUCUCAGUCUCUCAGCAGUAUCCAUCGCCCUCUCUUAUAUUGCAGGCAACAUUGGCAUGAUAGUGUACAGUGGAACCCCUCUGAUAGUGAAAUAAGGACACCCCUGAUGAAACAAGGCACCUUUUGUCUCGCAAGACAAACAUCUACCUUACAAUUUGGUCUACUAACUUCUGAAAUAAGGACGCCCUCUUAUCAGAAUCUUUCAGGUAGAUCAUUCAUGUAAGCCAUCAUGAAUCUUUUGUGCUGUAUUAUAGGUGUCCAGGUUAAGGUGGCCCCACUGUCACUUAUGUGUCACUCAUUGUAUGACAAUGUACGGUGAACAGCUUUCUUUGACAGUCGUAUGUGCACCAGACAUCCUCUGAAUAGGGAUAUGGAUGGAAGUGGUGCAAACUACUUAGCCCACUCCCCCCUCUCUUCUCUCCAUAUCCACCUCACUACCAACCUGGAUAACAUUUCAAGGAGAGAUAGCAGGAAUCACAGGUGUCUUUCACAUGAAUCGUUGAAGGAUGCAGCAAACUUGUUGUCAGUGCAAAAUUCAGAGCUACUUCGCCACACAGCUCUUAGCCUGCUCUCUGUGGACACAAGUGGUGACUGCAGUGGUCCCUUUGGCACUGCUAGUGGUCCCAGUGGCAGUGAAAUUGGUCCUGUUGGUACUGCCAGUGGUCCCAGUGGCAGUAGGAUUGGUACUGCCAGUGGUCCCAGUGGCAGUAGGAUUGGCACUGCUAGUGGUACUUGUGGUAGUACGAAAGUCUCACUCCUCAAGCUCCUGGCCAGCAACCUGAAUCAACUGAGAGAGCAAGUAUUAAAGAACAGGCUGAAGCUGGAGUGGAGCCUUGACUUCCAUAGAAACACCCUAUUUGGAGACCCUCCAGAGAGGACUGUUCCGGAAGUUUCUGAGAAGACUCGUUCUCCAGCAGCUCUGGGUGAUCUGACUAGAGACCUUCACUCCAUGGACGUCAGGACACAAGCGGCCCUUCAGAAGAUUCGAGAUCUUGGGAAUCUCUUGGCUGGGAAUGACAAAGUUGAAGAGCCACUUCGGAAGUGUGAAGAGGACCUGAGUGUGAUUCAGAGGAUGGUUGAUGCCGUGUCAGACCAACUCGAGGACUGUCUCAGCCUCAUUCACCACUUCCAGAAACCUACUGAGGCUCAUACUGGUGUUCGUGGGGAUGAUGGUAGUGGAGAUGAAGGCUCUGUGGAGGCAGCCACAGAUGGGACUCAUCCCUCGCAGGAUCACCUCGACAAGGAGGGUUCUAGUAGCUCAGAGGAUGAAAAAGUAUUUGAGGGGUAUGUUGCAGCAGUGGAUGAAGGUGAGGAGACCGGUGUGACAGAUGCCAAUGGGAGGGAGGGAGGAGGAGAGGUGGGACCGAGAGAGAAGGAGGUGGUGAGUGCCAAAAUGGUGAGGGAGCUGGAGGAUGUGCUGGCAGUGAGGAGUGAGCGGAGGGGGAGGGAGAGGGAGGAGAGGAGGAGCAGGAGGAGACAGCGAAAGAGACAAGAGCAAAGACCUGACAAAGAUAACCAAAAUACUGAAGUGCCAACCUCAGAGAACAAAGAAACACCAAAUAGUAGGCAAAGUGGAAGAAGAGAAACAAAACACUUUCUCAGCACCUCUGAAGACACUGCAAUCUCUACCACAGUCACUGGAAAUGAACCAGGAGCGGUUAGCUGCGAUGCCACUACCUCAGCAACACUAAAUGAUCCACAAACACCAGUGAACUCAGUCGAAAUCAUAUCUUCGUCACUAAUAGAAUCUCAAACAGCAGCAGGGAGCUAUUCCAAACCCACCCAGUCCUUCACCUCUUCAACUGACACACCAGAAUACUUCAAACCACUGCAGAGCAGUAAAGAAUCUCCCCACCCACCACUGCCAACAGAAGGUCCACUCCAGGAGGCUGGUGUCCCGGGACACCUGGCUGUGAGAGUUGCUGCCUUAGCAGCUCGUCGCAGGAGAGGCACGGUUGAGGAAACCUUCGGGAGCGAUGACGAAGAUGACACCUCUCAACACUCAGAACCGGAUUAGAAAUGAAAACAAUUUAAUACAGAGAGCCUGGUUCAUACACUACUAUGUCUUCGGAGCUAGCGACACUAUGAAAUCGCACACCAUUUUGCGACAUUCAUAUUCCUCACACAGUUGCCGAGUGACACCACACUAUUUCACAUCAGAGCUUAUUUGCAAAUAGACACUCUUUCUCCAUAACCUGACGUGGCAUCGUGGACUUUUGCAACAUUAAGUUUAUAUCAUGAUGUGAUACGACUGGAUUAAGUGGUGAAAUGAAGUGGGUGUGGCUGUCAGUCCUCCCAGCCAGGGGGUCUGGGGACCCUCUUGUUGACCCAGUGCUCAAUGUCCAGCUCCUUUAGCGUCUUCUCCAGCUCCUCCUCCACAUCCACCACCUUCAC